CUGAUCCGCGAUCGCUGUGGUCGCCGUUGGCAGCUCUUCGAGCCCGUCGAGCAGUCGCUCGCUUCAAAAGAAUCGAAGCAAAGAUGGACUCCUAAGAGAUUUUUAUACACACCACGAUCGACCCGGAGGCUUUGGGAUAUUCCGCCGUUAAAUUCUCACCGAGGCACGCCCGGAGGGCCAACGUUCUUUUAUGAUCACGCUCGCGGGGUGUGAACGAUGAUCGUGCAGGAGCCAGUGCAGGCAGCCAUAUGGCAUUGUUUGAAUCAUUAUGCUUAUCCAGAUGCUAUAUUCUUGGCAGAACGAUUGUGUGCAGAAGUGGAUACAGAGGAAAGUUUGUUUCUUCUGGCAACAUGUUACUAUCGCUCUGGUCAGAUUAGGCAAGCUUAUGCCUUAUUAUCCCAAAAGGCACCUAGUUCGGCACAAUGUAGGUUUCUACUAGCAAAAUGUUGUUAUGAUUUGGAAAAAUAUGCGGAAGCGGAGGCUGCGAUAAUUGGCGGAUAUUAUAAACAAUUGAAGAAUCUGGAAGAGAUCAUAACUCAAUUUGGAGAACAGGCAUGUUUCUCCCUACAGAUAAUAGCGAAAAUUUAUUAUAAAAUGAUGCGCACUGCAAGAGGUAAUGAGGCACAUAAGUUGGCUUUAAAGUUGAAUCCUUUUCUUUGGCAUUCGUUUGAAGAGCUCUGCAAUGUCGGCGAAAAGGUUGAUCCUGCCAAGGUUUUUCAAUUAGAUAAACUAGAUUCCUUUGCCAUGUGCCAUGGUACCGCAUCUACUCUCAACUAUGUCACCGAACCAGAUCUUAUUGUACCUGGAAAUAAUGCCAACAGUACACCCAUAUCGAACGGCACUAAUAUAACACCCGUGACGACAACGUCAACGCUGAUAAAUGGCGGCCAGGUGCCUCCGGCACGAUUGUGUUCCACUAUCGAAGAAACCCCACAAAACGCGCCAAUUCAUUACAGCAAUUGCUCCUCGAUAUCUCCGAGGACCAAGUUGUCGCGUUAUCGCAGCAUGUUCAGCAAUUCUAUGAGCCCGCUCACCCCCAGCUUCGGUAUCUUGCCGCUGGAAAACAACACGCCUGAGCCGACGAUUCCACCCUCACAUACGACUCUUACGGAAGCCAAUGAUCAAAAGAGCUUGGCGAAACGCGUUAGUAGUUUAAGAGCUCAUGUAGGGCAAUUAAUGUCGAGGAAAGAAACACCGUUGCAACAAGGCAAAUCGGUAUUUUCCCAAUCAGGCAAUACAAGCAAUACUGCCAAUAUUGUGACAGUAACAGCAGCUAAUCCGACUUCACCUCCGUCACCGACAUUUCAAGGCACCAACGUUAGACGGUCAUCGCGACUGUUUAGCCAUAAUUCAGUAAAAGAAAACAAUAAGUCACCUAAUAGAAAUAAAUUUGCAACUCCGAAGUCUCCGUCUCGGAAGACGAAGGCGAGGCUAUCCAAGGCGAAUUUGAACAAAGCCAACUUUGAAUUAAAUGAGAGAAAUAGGAAUGAAAAAGAAAAGAGUGAAACAAUCACAUCAGAGAAAGCUGUGGCUAAUGCGAACGCACUCAAUACCCAGAAUAAUAAUAUUCAUUCUGGGAUCACAUUACAAAAGCAAUCAGCAGAAGGAUUGAUGUCUUUAUUACGAGAAUUAGGAACGGCGUAUCAGUAUUUGAGUCAGUUCAAAUGUACGCAAGCUGUUGAAAUUCUAAGUUUAUUACCGACGCAACACUAUAAUACAGGCUGGGUACUUUCUAUGCUGGCUCGUGCACAUUUCGAAAUGAUGGAUUAUAAAAAAGCUGCCAGUUAUUUUGCCGAAGUGCGACAGUUAGAACCACAGAGAACAGAGCUGAUGGAGAUUUAUAGCACUGUCCUGUGGCAUUUGCAUGCGGAAGUACAAUUGUCUACGCUUGCUCAAGAUUUGGUUUCUCAAGAUCGUAAUUCAGCGGCGGCAUGGUGCGCCACAGGCAAUCUUUUCUCGGCGCAAACGGAACAUGAAACAGCGAUUAAAUUUUUCCAAAGAGCUAUUCAGGUGAAUCCUAAUUUUCCAUAUGCCUAUACAUUACUAGGACAUGAAUAUGUUUUAACUGAGGAACUAGAUAAAGCAAUUACUGCUUUUCGUAAUGCCAUUAGACUUGAUCCCAGACAUUAUAAUGCAUGGUUCGGAUUGGGAACGAUAUUUUCGAAACAAGAGCAAUAUAGUCUAGCUGAGUUACAUUUUAAACGGGCCUUACAAAUAAAUCCGCAGAAUUCUGCGCUAAUGUGCCACAUAGGUGUCGUGCAGCAUGCCCUAAAGAAAACCGACCAGGCGUUAAAGACACUAAACACAGCAUUAACUAAUGAUCCAGAUAACACUUUAUGCAAAUUCCAUCGUGCAAGCAUUAACUUCUCCACUGGUCGACAUUGGGAAGCUCUUAAAGAAUUCGAAGAAUUAAAAAAUAUUAUUCCCAAAGAAUCUCUAGUCUAUUAUUCGAUAGGAAAGGUGCAUAAAAAAUUAGGUAAUACGCAUCUUGCAUUGAUGUACUUUAGUUGGGCAACAGAUUUAGAUCCGAAAGGAGUUAAUAGUCAAAUUAAGGAGGCUAUAUUGAGUCCGGGUCAGGGAGAUGACGAUUCUCCACCGACACAAUCAGACGAACAGCAAGCACAAAGUAAUUCACAUUCAAUGGAACAAGAUAUCGAAACCAACCGAGAAGGAAGUGCCGCGCCUCUUGCCGGAAACGUCUCUGUCGAGCCUCAUGCCGACGAUAGCGACGAUAGCUUAUGAAAACGAUACAUGAGAAGAUUUCCGUGAAAAAAAUAUGAAGCUUUAUCCUCGAUCAUUCAAAUUAUUUCUCUUUCUGAUGAUGAUCUAGCUUUGAUUACUGAAUUGAUAAAAUCACUGAUGCGGGGUUAUGGAUCUAAAGUGAAUGAUUAACAUUUUUUUGCAAAUCAGUUGAAAUUGAUUCGGUUAAAAGGGAUUCGGUUAUGUUAUUUUUUUCGCAUGAAAUUCUCUUUUUAUCUUACACGAAUCCGAAGUUCUUAUAUACAUGGAUGUAUUUGCGACAAUAUAAGACUCGCAUGUCGUAUCCUUCGUCAACUUGUACAUUACGCAUUCGCCUCUGUAUAUUUUUUUACGAUUGCUCGAUCUUUUGUAUUUCUUCAUGCGUUCUUCAAUAAUCUCUUGUGCCUCGUUCCGUCUCGCGGACUAAAUAUUGUAUCAAGUCAAACGUGAUACUGAUGUGAAACGUAAAACGAAAAAUUUACAAAGCUAAUGAAGUUUGAUUUCUAUUAAGCUUGAUUAGAAUAAUGAAGGAAGAAGGAAGAGGAUGAGUAAUUUAAUUCUCGUUCGCGGACGAAGCAUUAGAGAUUGUUAUACGGUUGAGUAGAACUAUCAUGUUGCGAAAAGAGAUGAACGAGUAUAAUCAUAAGUAUGUCGUACAUAUAGUUAGGUAAUAUAAUUAAUUAAUCGUUCGUGAAUAAGGAGGAAGAGUCUUGUGUAAAUGUAAAUUAUUAUUACUGUGUAUUUACCGCUAUUAUUAUUACUAUUACUAUUAGCGCUACCAUUAUGCUAUUAUUAUUCGUAUAAUUAUCAUUGUUGAUUUAGUGAUUGUGAAGAUAUCAUUGGUCGCUCAGCCUCGGAGCGACCACAGAACAAUCGUGCAAUUCUUGUCGCGAAGAUCCCUUGAUCCCAUCGAUCGAACGUACGAAUCCGAAACACCGCGACUGCAAUUUCGGUGGUUCAGUAAUUCAGCGCGAUUAUAUUCGGUCUUCGAUCUCGAUUCGAUAUCCGGAAUUAGCAUAACUCGCCUCGCAAAUGUCUAUAUAUAUAUAUAUAGAAAUACUCGUCGGAUUAUAUUCUUAAUAGUGCUGGACAGAAUUUAUGAUGUUUACGGCGUCGGUCUUCGUAUCGAUAUUAAGUGUACAAUGCAAAUUGUGUCGUUAUCCUCGAAUUUCGUCGAAUUUCCCGGACUAGAAAUUGCAAUUGUUACACUCCCGAAGGAAUAAGCGUAUAAAUAUAUACGUUUUCUUUAAUUUCAAAUGAAUUAAGUUAUGAUCUUUGAGCUUGUAUCGUUACGCGUGACUGUAACAUUUUAUAUUGUACACGUAAUUAAACGAAAGACACGUCACGGAAAAAAAAGGAAGUUACAGACAAAAUCGUCGACUGUGAAAUGCGUCUGUGUGGUGCACGCAGAUAUCCUCUUAUUUCUCUUCCGCUCCUUUGUAUCUCUAUCCUUUCCAAUUUAUUUAUUUAUUUAUAAUUCUCUUUUUCUUCUCUCGCGUUCUACAUUCAUCUCAUGUCUUUGGAAGGAAAGGAUGAGAACGAAGAGUUCUCUUUUUGCAUAUAGCGAAACGGUGUCUAAUUGUUAUUUAUUAUUUCAUGAUCCUCGUGCGUUUAUUGUUGAGCGGAAAUGGAAUCGCAACCAAGUAUCUUCCAAAGAUUUUAGGAAAUACGCGUAUGUAUGUGAUGUCUGCUCGCCUUUAUCCAGCCUCCGCGAUACAGAAACCGAGAAGGUUCGAUCGAAGUCAACAAUCGCUGCCGUGUUACUCGUUACAAAGAGGUGUAUGCGCAAAAUAAAGGCCUGCACUUUUUAUGAAA